GCGCGGAACACUCCCAGCCUAGCUUCGCAGCCAGCAGGAGCGAAAAUAACUUCAACUGUGUAUUCUCAGUGUUUUGAACUGUUUAGAUCGAGUUUUUAGUUAUAAUCCGUCUCCGUUUAGGAAGACGUUAGUACAGUGCCGUUGUGGUGAAUUUUUAAACGGUUGUAACCAGUGGUAACAGUGUUGUGAAGUGUUUUCAGUGCUCUAAGAGUGGCCAUGCUUUUAAACAGGACUGAUUGUUGAAAACGUUGCAGCUCCACUGUCCUUCUCAAAACUCCUACACCAAAAACAUGGCCGCUUUCACCGACUUUUCUCGGUAACGUACUUGUCAGUCGUGAGUGAUAACUUUGCACGGUGUUCUGCUCUUAUAGGUUAUGUCCUGUACUGUGAGUAACCUCGCCAACUGACUGCAGUGGGGGUUCGAAUGAAUGAACUUAUUGCGACAGACUCUCCUUCUUUCACUCGCUUCGAUGCUGUACGGCCGUUUUCAGAGUUAAUCGUACACUAUGUGAAUGACGUGGACCCGGACUGCCCGUCUGCGGUAAGAUGUAACACUAAGGGAAUAAUGAAAACGAAAUCUCGUUAAUUCCGUCUUGGUCAGGCGCCACCGUUUAUUUUUGAAUUGAGUGAGACGAAAACGAAAACUCGAGUAGAAACUUUGGAAACCGUGGUUCAUCACGGACCUGGCUACGCCGAUUGGACCGAAUCUGUUUCAUUCUGGGCGAAUAUCGGCGUAAGUGUUGUGAAAAGUGAGUGUUUUUACCUGCCAAACUUGGGAUUUGUGAUCUGUGACCUGGUUGGCUGCUGCUGACAAUGAUGGAUGCAGCGAGGGGCGCGCCAGCGGCCAGUUGAAGCCAGGAUCAUCUCUUGAUGGCAGAUCAGAAUGGUGUCCGAGGCGGACUGGUCUCCCCUAGGGUGCAUCUGCCGGUGCGGAGUCCGAGGGCAGUCGCCAGUCCGCCGGAGCCCGUCACUCUUCUGCAGCCACGGCCCGACGUCCAGAGGAGGGUCAACGAGUACGUGGAGACUCCACUGAGGCCGAUAUGUGACGACGAGAGGACUAGUGUGGGGGUGCCGAGGCACCUGCCGAGUGGGGCGCGGCACAAGCGCGUGGUCACCAAGCAGCCCGGCCAGACGUUCAAGAAGGACUCGGCGGGCCCGAGUGCGAGUGGGGCGGGGACGGGGGGUGCGGACCAGUGUUCCAUCAUCUGUAGGGAGUGCGGACGUUGUAGGUGCGAGGCCUGCCGCCAGCCCAGGCCGGUGCCGUCGCUGUGGCUGUGUCACAACUUCUGCCUGUGCUCGACGGAGUCCUGUGUGGACUACGGCUCGUGCCUGUGUUGUGUGAAGGGACUCAUGUACCACUGCGCCUCCAGAGACGGUGACGACGACACCUGUGCCGACGACCCCUGCAGUUGCGGGCCUCACCGCAGGUUGGGCCGGUGGACGUGCCUGGGCCUGACCUCGCUGUGCCUGCCCUGCCUCUGCUGCUACUGGCCCCUCAGGGCCCUCGCCUCCGCCGCAGAGUCCUGCUACGCCCGCUGCACCAGUAGAGGCUGUCGCUGUGAGACGCGCCAUUCCCGACCCGAGCUCACGCCCGAGAAACGCUUACUCCACCCCAGCCCCGAACUCUAAUCGAAAAUUAUAUUUAACCAAAAAAUCUAAAUUCAGACCCUUUUCACUGAUCGUGGAUGCAACCAACUUUCUGUGUCUUCUGUAAACUUUCCCCCACCCCCAUGUUUUCACCACCCCUCCUCCUCUUCUCUCCACCUGUUCUACCAUACUUAUUGUUGUGAUAGUUAGUUUCUCGUGUCGUACGUUUAUGUAAUCUCCGUGUUGGUUGUCGUCACCUAAAACCGAUUACCUCAUUAUAAUCUUUAGUAAAUUGUAAUUAAUUAUAAAUAUUAGAUUAGGGGCUGAUGCAUUCCAAAGACAUUAUUUAUUUUAAGUCGCCCGCCCCGACCGCUUAGGCCAGGGCAGAAAAACGAAAAGGGAUGGAUUAAGAUUUCUUGGUACAACUGUAAUCCACCAAAAACCAAAUUUAAUGUAUUUCUAGCGUUAGGUUCGACGAUGGUUUCACCGCCACGUGUUAUAAACUAAAAGUUAUUUUAUUAAUAAUAUUAAUUAUUUUUAUAUGUAAAUAAUAGUAUAGCCUCUUCCUCUUACUGCUGUACGAACCAUUGCAAGGUUUAAAAAUUGUAAUCCUAAAAAUCAAAACCAUCGAUUCCACACUGUUGAAUGUCGUAUUAUUUAUUGUUUAGUCAAGUUCUGUACAUCCCGAGUCUGAAUCUCACACACACUGUACCUACGACGGCCAGAACACCAUGUUAACUUACGUACCGUACUGUACUUUAGCUCAUAGCGUUAUUUGAAUAUAGGCUAAGUGGUUGUGUUUCGUCAAUUGUAGAGGGUUUAGACACACGAAUCACUUUUAUCAGUAAAUCAGUUCAUAGAGUACGUACUGUAGGCACUUACACACUGUCUUAGCUUUAAACUCCUUAAAGAUAAGAUUAGUGGAGAGGCCCCCCCCACACGAAAUAUCCCGCAAUUUAAAAUAGUAACAGAUAUCUCAUCAAUUAUAUCUCGUCAUUCUCUCGAUGAUGCUUCAUUUUUAACUGUCGUACACGUAUAAGUGUUGGACGUUCCAUUAUUUAUAUAAUAUAUAUAUAUACUCAUCCACUUACUUCGGUGUAGAUGUGGCAUGUCAUUGUUCCUAACGGUAUGUAACACAGAUUAAUACGUAUUUUACACAUUUUAAUAACAGAAUAUUCUCGAUCUUGUCAUUUGAACGUGUUGCUUCAUUAUAGGAACACGAUUGUCCGCUUCUCGUUUUUGUUGUUGUCGUUUUCCAUUAGUUUUAUACUCGCCCCCCUGAGCGGAUCAGGCUCAGGUGUGGUUCCUCGGUUUUAUUACUACCCUAGGAGCCCGUGACCACGCUUAUAUUCAAAUGAUGUCACGUCACAUUCUGUCUGUCGGUGUCCCGUUAUGUUAGCUGCUCAAACUGUGGAUGGUUGGUAUGCCUGAUCGCGAGUCAUCAAAUGGCUCGAAUUACUGCAAGCAAGAGGAACAGUAUUCAUCUAGUCUAACUUAUUAUAAUAAUAAUACUUCCAACUGUUCGUUGUUUGGAGUAUGAAUUUUAAUAUGAUUGUUAUUAUUUUGUACGAUAACUAUUUUAUGUGAAUAGCAAUCAAAAGUGUAUAUUAUGACUCGACCCUAUAUUAUACUUAGAGUAACUAAUCUGCAUUUUAUUUGGCAAUUUCCCCGUUAGAAAUUCACUGUUGAAAUUCAAUUGCCUCCAGGCAACAUAGGAAACUUAUUCGAAGCAGCUUUGUUUAUUUGUAUUUGUAUAUAUUUCUAUAUUAUAAAUAAAACGUUUAGUUAACAAAUAUAUUGCUGUAACAGAACCAAUUGUUGUUUUUAUUUAUCUUAUUAAAACUGCUUAAAUUGUAAAUUUUAUGUAAAUAAAAU